AUGCACACUCCCAGGCGGUCUCUCUCUUCUGCCACCACGGAAAACAGUCCCGAUAGCAAAAUCCGGGACCCUCUAGACAGUCAAUGCGAGACAGUUCAUCAAAUUCAUGCCGGCGAUGGUCCGCAAAGGACGCCUCGACCGGCAGAAUAUAGUACGGAUGUAUCUUUUGCAGACAACACAACUUCUAUGGAAAAGCUAUCGUGGCCGUCCCAGAUGACAACAUACUUUCUCGUUGAGCUGGACCCCAGACGUGCAGAUAUUAUUCUGAUUGUGUGUGGGUUCGUUAGCGGUCUCGUCGAUGGCUUGUCUUUCAACGCAUGGGGCAGUUUCUCGAGUAUGCAAACAGGGAACACGGUGUUUAUCGCCCUCGGUGUAUCCGGCCAGCCUGAGUAUCCAGCAUUCCUGUGGGCCAAAUCACUGAUUGCGCUGGUGGUGUUCCUGCUCAGCAACGUGUUCUUCAUCCACCUCUCGCGCGCACUCAACCCACUCCGACGAUCGACCCUCAUCCUCUCCUUUGGUCUACAGACAGCCGCGCUUAUCGUCGCCGCCUCCGUGGUCCAGGCCGGCAUCGUUAGCCCCAAGCCAGAAAACCCGCGCGCCCCGAUCGAAUGGAUCCAAAUUGUGCCCAUCACGCUCAUGGCUUUCCAAGCUGCCGGCCAGAUCUGUGCCUCGCGCCUGUUGGCCUUCGAUGAGAUCCCAACCGUCGUGCUCACCACCCUCCUGUGCGACCUGCUGGUCGAUACAAAGCUCUACACCAGACCCUGGUCGGCCAAUCCCAAGCGGAACCGGAGGAUCGCGGCAUUCCUGGCCCUGUUUAUGGGUGCCAUGACGGCGGGUGGGCUGUCCAAGGCUGCCACUAUGGCCAGCAGCUUGUGGCUGGCUGUGGCUUUGAAGGGCGCUAUUACGUUAUCGUGGUUUGUCUGGAAAGACACCUCUGGUGCGGUGAGACCGAAGACUGUCUUGGACGAGAGCCCGGUCUAG